GACUAAAGCAAGGAAUGACAUCAAGUGGUAUAAACUACAAACUACAGUAAGCAUAGUCGCUAACUGAGUGGACAACUACGAUGAGAUUGCUCACUAUCAUGAUUCUCGAUCUUGAUUGAUAGAAGUAGUUGUUCCUCUAGUACAGUGAACUUAGAGACAUUUUGAGGUUUUCGUUCUAAUUGAUAUUGACCGAUUUGCCACUAGCACGCCUCCUCGUCCACGUCCAUUUGGUGACUCUCAGUGAAAAGAAUCGAAGGACUUCCGUCAAAGAAAAACUACUUAUAUAUAAAUAUGAGGCGCAUUUUUAUCGCAUCAACUGAGUUCGCGUGUAUGCGCAUAGUUGCUGCCUACCAUUGCCAUGAUUGGUGAAGAAACGGUAUUCGAGCUUGAUAUAGACAGGAGAUACGGUUGCAACCUCUGCAGCUGACUGCCAUUGCCAUAAUUGCUGACGAGACGAUAUUCGAUCUUGAUACAGACAGAUACGGUUGCAACCUCCGCGGCCGCGCACCAAGAUGCCGGAGCAGGAGGGCGUAAGCAGCGUGUACAAGGUCCGUAUGGACACCACGAUCCCCAAGCUGCUCGUCAAGGUGAGCCCUCAAGACGCGCAAGCCUUCGGCAUCAAAAAUCUUGGCGAAGUGUCGCUGCGAAAGCUGGGGGGGGCGGCUUUUUCAAGUAUUAAGGCAGCAAACACAAAGACAUCAACAAAAAGUAUGUACAAUCAAAUCGAGAUCAAAGAACUGGAGCAGCUGCAGCUGUUGUUCUGACAUAAUAAUACUUAGUUAAGUGAGUUAAUGAGCUUGGGCUCAGCAUUUGUUCGGUCUUCUACAAUUUGGACUCGUGAUAGUUGUCGAUCUCUAUCUCGUUUUUAGUCAUGUUAGUUUCUAAGAGCUGCGCAAAUGGCGGUGCGAGUUCCGGUGUCUCACUUCUUAGUUCGGCUCUGCGAGACCGCGUCGCAGUCGUGAACAUUUCCAAUACCGUCGCUGGAGGCGAGAUCCUCAUGUCUGUCAAACUGGCAGAAAUGCUUGAGGUCGACGAAGAGCAGUCGGUGGAUAUGGUUCCUAUGCUGCGCAGCAGUACUUCCACCGGCAACGCAGUCAGCGCCCUUGCUGGCGGAUCUUCCGCAUCGACUUCUAGCCUCAAUAACUACAGCGACCGCGAGAGAGAUAGGGCUACAUGUACUUCAAUAAAUAAGUCUUUAAAAUCAAGAAUAGGAGGCAGUAGCUCGUCCUUUCGGACGGGUCGUUUGGACUCCGCCCAGGACUAUGAUUUUCUCGGCGCAGGAGGGUCAUCGAGUCGAGGGAGUGGAGCCGCGGCCAGCAGGCGUGAGAGCGCGGAUUUGAUGGAGCAUGCGACGAAGCUCAGGUCAAUGCUGAACGAAGCGCUCUCCUCUUCCUCAGCAAAGAUUGAACAGAAAACCUCUGGAGGCGCAAGCGCGAGAGGGUACACGCUUACUAGUCAUGUAAGUAGUGAUGAUGAGGUGUCCCAGCUUUAUUUGAGUGUGCGUGGGAGAUUAAAUUUAAAUGAAUGCGAUAAAAUAAAGUGAGUGGCCCAGGUGCGGUUGAAAGAUCAUCUUCAGAUAGCUUCGAGCUUGAUGUUGGAUCGUUGUCUAUUAGGAGACCAAGACCGUAGACAGUUACAUUAAUAUUCAUACUCACAGAUCCGCUGGUGCCUCCACAUUCUCAAAACGAGUUAGCCUGUCCGACGGAUCGUCAGAAGGUGCCGGAUCAGAUGAUGGCCUUCUCGGAUUCUUGCAUUCCGGUUACCACAAAGCAAAACGGCUCUACACGCCCAAAGAAGACGUGCGUGAUGCUGCUUCUCAUAUUCUGGAUGAGAGUGGUGACUUUCCUGGUUUCAUGCAGUACACAAAUAGUGCCUUUGCUUCGUCAAGAGCAAAUGGUGGCGGACAAGGCGGCACCAGUUCUGCUCGUCCGUACCUAUUUCCGAUGAAGAAUCACGGGCCAAAAACAUCCUCUAGUACAACAGCUGCGACUAGUGCGUCGUCGUCCUCAUCCUCAAUGUACAGCUCCGGCACUAGCGCUGGUGGUCAGGGGAGCAGCCACGCGGCGCCGGAUUUUUCGUCUUCACCUGGCGGUAGUUCUUCGCUGCCAUAUAGUGGGACUUCAACAGCUUCGCACUUCAGCAGUCGAAAUCGAAAAGCUGGUGUGGACCUCUUACGCAUGAACAGCAUCUCGUCUGCAGGCAGUAGAGCGAGAGAGCACAUUAUGAUGAAGAGCGCGUCGUCUCUGAAAGACCCGCCGGCGUCAUCUCAGUCCGAUGAAGAUGACGAGGAGAUGCUCAUGGCCAAUCGCAAGCUUUUAGAAGCUUUGCGCGAGGGCUGUACUAGUUCGCCACCGACACAAUCCCGUGGUGGGCUCGCUGGAGGCAGACUGCAGGAGCGCGCUUCCCCGAUCAAACGAGUGCUCAGCAGUCUCAACAAGGCCUCGGAUUUUCUCGAGGAGCGAGACGACGCAUCAGAAAUAGGAGCUGAGGCCCGCUCUUCUGCGACAACAAAGAUGCCGCGCAUUAGUCUGGACUUCGAUGCUGGUCGCAGAGGUUCAUCAUCUUCGAACAAGCCGUCGCCGGAUGACGAUAGUAGUGCUGCUCGCGACGGCGACAGAGCUACGAUCUUUCCUUGGCAUCGCUCAUCGUUUUCAGCUGGUAGCAGCAGUGCUAGAGGGGGAGGCCAACAGGACAGUGAGCCGCCGCUGUCGUCCCGCAACGCGUUUUCGAAACUCAGUACUCCUGACGAGGAUGUCGGCAAUUCGGUUCGAAGACCACCUCUCGUAAACCCCUUUGAGCGCUACUCAGCUACGCAGUUCGGGAGUAGUCCAGUUGACAUCGAUCGCGCGACGGCGAGGCUUGAAACCGAUUCGGCGCGGCGCAAGCUGAAUUCGUUCCGCACGACAACCCACUACGAUUCCGAUACACAUCCUGCAGUACAGCGCUACAAAACAAGCUUCUCAGGAGGAAGGUCGACUUCUUCAUCUUCAUCAGCGAAUCCUUUCAGUUCCGAUUUUUUGCACUCAUCUCGAAGCGGUCCUUCGUCGGCGCUGCAGCGAGAGCGUGAGAUCUUCUUCGAGGCAAUUUCAGCUUCUGGUAACUCAGAAACAGGAGAACGGGAGAACGGAAAGAGCUCUUCCAAGACUAGCGUCUUUGACAUGAAAACCUCCGAUGAACACGAAGAGGACGCCACUGCAACGAGAAGGCAUGAAGAUACCGAUGUGGAUGCACUUCUGCGUGAAAGUGCGGAGCGACAACGCGAGUCACUCCGGCGUCUGCAGGAGACAAACGACCGAAUUAUGCGGGCACGCCGUGAAAUGGAUGGCUGGCUCAAUCGAGAGGAGUGCCGGAGCUCAGGCUCGUCUGAAACCAAGGAUGGUCUAGUAAGCGACCCGCCUGCGAAGACAACCAAGGAACAAGAUCGCGACGUCGAAAAGACGAGCAAGUACAAAUCUGCCCAAAGUUUUUUGCUUUUUGGUGGACUCCGAAGUUCACUCCCGGGCUCCUCCUCGUCCGACGACGAUGUGGGAGAUGGCGCAGAUGACUCGGAAUAUGACGACGAAGACGACACUGAGGGCGACGAGGACGGACUCGAGGACAUCCUGACUCGGCACGGCAUAUCUUCCAAGGACUUGCUUAAGUUGCGGAAGAGCAAGAGUAGUCGGUUCGGGAGCAAGUCAAAGUCGACUUCAUCCAAAGCGUCGACUAGUGGCCGGAACAGACUGGAAAGCGAUGUGAAGCUGACCGAUUCGUCGUUUGGUAGAAGUGAGAGCAAGGUUGACCACAGAAACCAAGAAGAAAAACCUAGUACCACAACGAGCAGUUAUCUAUCGGCAUCUUAUAGUCGUGCGAUGAGGGAUGCAGGUCUUUCAUCAUCAGGAUCCCCUCUUUACAACGAUGGCCCCUCUGCUGGAAGCGCUUCAUCUCAGCCGCGAACUUUACUUCAGGGAACUCCACCGGAAUUGGAGGAAGACUUUGAUGUAGGAUCUGCGACGUCAUGGAGGACACGAGCUAGCGUGCCGGAUUACGAGGAGAAAGAGCCGACAAUAACCGAUCGUAGUCGCUACAUCUUCACCGAUCAGCGGAGCGCUCGAGGCGAAAAUGCAGAGAAGGUUAACCGUGGAACUCCAGAGGAGCGCUCUUUCUCACGAUCAGGUAGCAAGAACAGUGAGAAGAAUGCUGCCUCCUCGAGAAUGGAACGCGAACGGAGCAAAGAAAGCCUGAAGAGUGAAAAUCAAAGUGACGAUCCCCUGUUAGAUACGGUACGACUGCCUACUGCUACUUCCUCCAAAUCGAAAACGGCUCGCUCUCCUGAUGCGACCGAGGACGAAGAGGAUGUGACGCAAACAGAGGAAUGGUUGCUAAAAUUCCUACGUGGAGCGAGUCGUCGUGAUGGAUCCACCGCACAACAGGACGAGAAGAAAGGGGACGAGGCAGACCUUGAGGACCUUCCCUCCAAGAGGUAUGCGCGCGAAGCAGACGCACGGAAACGAGAGUUCGCUUCGAUGUUGUUGGAUCCAGGUGGGGCACGUGGGACGAACACCACCGGACAGGAAAACCCCAGCGCUGGAAAAAGCAGAGACGAGAGGAAGUACGUUAGUCCUGAUGAUUCUGCAGCAAACGCACGCGACUUUCUAGCCGCCUUCAAAGAGCGACUUAACGACUCCAACAACGACACUUCGUCUAGCGAAAGCUCCGAGCCUGAAAAUGAUGAUCCGGACGAAGAUGAUGCCGAGUUUCUGAAAAGGAGGCUUGCGGAGACAGUGAACAGUGACUUGCUCUUCGGAACAUCGUCAUCUUCUAGGACCACAUCAAAGAAGAACAGUAAAGGUUCCUUACGUGGUAGAACAUGUCCUCCGGAGGGCUAUGUUGAUCGCACUAGAAGUCGUGACGGCUUGCGUUCUCCUACUGGUGCAAGCGGAUCCGGUAAAAUCAGUGAUGACGAGGAUUAUAGACCUCUACCGGGAUCGGGCUUUCGCCCAUCAGCGAGGAAGAUCUUUGGCAAUAAAGGACCUGCAGGCGAGAGUCCUCGCCACGAUUUAUCGUCAUCUUCUAGUGAGGAUGAUUUGGACCUGAUGCUUGGUAGAGGUGAUGCAAAAAGUCGUCUACGACGAGAUGAUGCGGAUGGUAGCAGCAAAAAAAAGUCGAAAAGGCUGUCAAAAAGCUCCACUUCGUCGACCUCUUCCCGUGAGGAUCUGCUAAACAAAAUCGAGGAACAUCUGCGCUCGUGCUCAUCGAAGGAGCCCUCGCGACACAGUAGUAAGAAAGGCGGGACAACGACAUGGCGUGCCGAGUACAGGCAGGGCUCACAGCAGUCCUCCACCUCGCCUCUUUCUGACGACAACGACGAAGACGUGACCCUGCGUCACAAAUACAAGCGAAAGUUGCCGCUUGGUAAAGGCAGCGACUCCUCUCUUUCAUCUGAUGAUGAGCAAGCACCCAGUGACUCCGACGACGAAAAUAAUCGGCAAGAUUCCCCUACGCCGCGUUCCCCAGGAGGACAAUCGGACGAUGCAAGCCCCGCGAAGGAGAUGACAUUUGAGCAGUUCGUUUAUGAAAAAAAGACUGCGCAAGCCGCGUCAGCAGCAAGCACCAAUGUGCCGUCCGCCAGUGCGAGUGCGUCUGCCUCGUUUUCAGCAUCGCCAGGGGAUGACACCGAGAGCGCACCAGGCAGUGGAGGGAAAGCAACGGCAGGCAUAGAUCCGCGGGCAUCGCCUGAACCGGCUGCAGCCAGGCUCCUCGGAAGUGACGCCAAGAAAGAGAAUGGAGUCGGAGCCGAGACGGGGAAGAAUGCUGCGCCGCCGGAUAAAAGCGGAGGCCCGCGUGCGUCUGUCGCUAGUGCGCGCUUCAGCGUAUCUUCGGAGCCAAGCAACAUAUCAAAGAUGGGCCGUACAUCAUCCAUGCGAACGUCAGUUCAACAACCGAUUCCUUCGCAUUUUGAUUUGACUCGGUGUCAGAUAGUCCCAGCUCGUCGGUCCUCCGUAGUUGACGCUGCAGCAGAUAAAAAUCCUAUGAACAGGAACAAAAUGGACACGCUGAGCCUGAACUUGAACCAGCACGAGAACGGAAUGUUUUUGCAGUAUGUUUCUGCAAAGAUAGAGCGCUUUGCGUCUGUUUCGUCCGUGCUGGUAAGUGGUAGCUUUGCGACUUCGUCUUCAUCCUCAAAUGCCACUCCUGUUCCAGAGGCAGCUUCGUCUGCCUCGUCAUCCGUUGGUGCUGCGGCAGGAGACUCAGGUUCAGGAGACACGUCGAAAACUGCCUUCGUCAACGGCUACGAUGAUCCGAAUAAGGGCGACGCUGUAGCGGGGAACGACAAAUUGAACGGCAACAAUAUCAAACUUCAUCUGAACAAGCGAGCCUUGAUUCCACGCUCGUGGCGUCCGAUGCGCAAAGAUUCGCGGCUGAUGCUAGAUACGAGUGAGCUAGGCCAGCAGGUGACUGCUGAAAUUAGCAAGUGGUUCACCCAGGAAGUCAGUGGGCGACACGUUUCUUACUUCCUCUGCGACAAGGCCUCGCUGUUGUUCACACACCGUCUGACAGGAGAAGGCGGAAAAAAAGGCGUCACCGGCGGCCCACUCGGUGCGGUCUGCGGCGGCCACACUGAUCAAGCGCAGAUUUUGCAUCGCGAGGUGUUUUCGAAAAGCCCCAAGGAAGCUGUACGCAUGGCAUUCGAUUUUUUUGGCUUUCCAGAUCGCAAACGCCGCGGUGACUGGUCUAUUUACUCUGCAUCUGAGGUCUCACUUGCCUAUCGCAAAGCCUGCCUCAAAGCGCAUCGAGAGGCCGGCGCAGACUCUCAAAUCCGAAUUCAAGCGAUGCUCGAAAUCAUCCGCGCGUUUGCCUACAGGGAUAUACAGCCAAAGGGCCAGAAAAAUGACCUCCUCUUCUCGGACAAACUGGUCUCGCACGAAAUCGGACGAUCAACUGGAGAGGUACGACAUUUAUCUGUAUUGUGAUUAAGCGAUGAUGGGCACAAGAAGUUGUAUCAAGGGCGAUCUACCUACAUACAUAUAAGCAGAUUUUCACGAAAGUGCUCGAAUCUACUUGUUGCUCAUUUCUGGCAUUUUUACGUACUCUUAUUUCUAGAUUAUCUACUUACCAAAAGCAAAAUUCCAUGAACAAACGCCAGGUGGAGAAGAUUGCGAAAGAGAUGGGUUUAGAGGACUUGGAAAAGUUGAAUAAGCAGUUUGACGAGUACAUCUUACGGCAAAUGAGGUUUAAGUCUGAAGUGAUCGAUGAAAUUGCGCGUCUACACGAAAAUGCUGCUUAUGCUAUUUUGGGUGUGGACAUGGAUGCGACGGACGACGAAAUAAAAAAAGCUUACCGUCAAACGGCCAUGUACUGUCACCCGGACAAGGGUGGUGAUAAAGCAGAUUUCCAGGAGCUCAAUAACGCCUACGAGAAAAUCAUUAGCCAGCGUGAAGGCAAGAAGAAGGAAGACGAAGAACAAAGACGCGCUAGUCAGCAAGAAGACUCCGGUAAUGACGGCGGUGGAUUAUUCGGUUCGGAGAAGAAGAACUCUGGCCCCGGCGAAGGGUCGGCAAAAGGCGAGAAGGACGGCGAGAAAAGCGCACACUCGGACGAAAAGAAGGGUGACAAAGAGGAGACUGGAGCAGACGAGGACAAGAAAGAAGAGGGAGGCGGUGACAACAAAAAAGAGGUUGGCGGAACUGCAGACUUGUUGGCGAAAGUUGGUAUUCAAAUUUUUUGUUGUAGCAGAGUUUUUUUGAAUGAGUAGAUGUAGAAGUUUUUGUUGCUGCACCAGCUGUCUUGCGAAUCGUAUGUCUGAAAGUGAAACUGUGUGCUCGAGUAGAAGCUCUGACAUCACUCUUCAGCCAUAUCCCAAAAUUCGCUCCCGACAUAACUCACAGCCAAAGCAGCCGACGAGGGUAGUCGUUUCGCAAACACGGCAGCAGAAUUCGCGCAGCAAGUUGCGGAGGCAGCUAAAACUGCAAAAAAGAGCAGUGAAGACCCGACGCAGGACUCCUUGACGAAAUCUAUUGCGCACUCAGCUAUAGUGCUAACCCUUACAGUUGUCAAGGCCGUACGAGUAGUGGGGUAUGCAAGCUUGGACGCUGCUAGCCACGCAUUGCAGGCAAGCAAAAACGCGACAGAACAAGACGGCCCUGGACAGCCUGGAUGUGCGGCUGCGGCGGCAGGAGCAAUGUCAGCAGGAUUCGAAGCUUUGAAUGCUGCGUCAUCUUGUGCGCAGGCAACAGAGGAAGCUGCGGGAGAACUGCAGACGGCCGUUGCUGCGGAAGUGUGCGACGCAGCGAGUCUUUCCGCGGCCGCCGAAAAAGCAGCGCAGGCGGCUUCUAUUGCAGCCAAUGCGGCCAUUCAGGCAGCUAUCGCCGCUGCUGAAGCCGCUAAGCAAACAGGAAAGGUCGCCGAAGCAGAAUUAGAAGCAAAAAAAGGCGCAGCCGACGGAAAGAAGGGCAGGACAGAAGGUGGCGACGGUGAAGAGGGUAAUUGUGGAGAUGGCGAAAAAGACGGUGCAAAAGAUGAAGAGGGUGAAGAUGGCAAAAAGAAAAGCAGCAAAGGUAUCUUCUCGUUUUGUGAACGAGGUUGAAGCAUUAUAAAUAUAUUGAAAUCAGACUCAUUGUCAUGUUGUAGCACGCGGCGAAGAUAUCACGAUCACUCUCGUCACUCUCUCUCUCUCUCUCUCUCUCUCUCUCAGAUGCAUCUGCCGCCGAUGAUGGUGACGAAGACAAUAGAAGUAAAGCUGAUGAUCUGUUUGGUAAAAACGCUGCCGCGACCGAGGCGGAGGAUCCUCGAGACCGGCGCGUCUUGCAGCGUGUGAACAACCACAAGCUUCUCCAGAGACUUAAUGCAGAGAUUCUGACGUAUCAGUCAAAUAUCAAGCAGUUUCUCGCCUCCAACCGGAAGCUGAUUCCGCCAGUCCGAGGUGAGCACAAAGUACAUACAUUCGAGCUCGUUACCGACUACCUGGUCACCGCGCGCAAGAAAAUAGCGAAGUUCGCGGAACAGCUGUCGUAUACGGAGAUUCUCAAUCGCAUGGCAGACAUUCCGCUUUUGGCACCGAUGUUCAUGCCGCAGAACCUGGCAAUCAGUGUCAACUCGGAAACGCGAGUUUUACGGAUGGCAGCAAUUCUGGAUACGGAACUGUUGAAACGCAUGCUCGACGAACAUUUAUUCUGCUUUCUUACCGCCUUGUUCUCAAAUGCCGACUCGUACUUCGUCGAACGCGUAGAAAAGGUCCGCAAAAAAGUCUUCGACGAAAUUGGGAACAUCGUGGCUUUGGACUGAGAAGCCCGUCUCGUCCUGAAACACAAAGAUGUUUAAGGAGUUUUGGAUUCAUUUGUUCUUUAUGACGAAGUGCAGAAAAAAGUAGUUUAUCGCGAGGACGUCGAGGUGGGAAGUAUGAUCGGAAUGUGCCACUUCGCGCGAAGCAAGUGAAUAUGGAUACAAGUGCUGGUAUGCUACUGCAUGACAGUGGCAGUGGGUUGAAUUUCGGAGCGAUUUUCACGAAUUCAUUUUCUGUAGAUUUUUGCAUGUCAUCUUCAGGACACAACACGAUAGCACUUGCCCCUUGUGUCUGUGAAACAUACUGGCAAAGCAUCAAGCGUGACUCAAUUAUUGUGUUUGGCUCACCCUGUCUUGGGUAUCCUCCGUAUUCUGCUGAAUCUUUUUGUUGAUCUUGUUCCGGUUUCAGUUUUUGAAGAUUGGCUUGUGAAUACAGUAACGACGAACCGAACCCGUUGACUGCCGAUUUUGGGACAGGCGGACUUGUCGCGCG